CCCGCAUCUAACACCCUCCACUUGGUGACACCUCUCUCGUUCAUCAAGGCGCCGCAUCCUCCACCAGACACUUUUUACAGCGCAAUUAUCCAAACCUAGCCCAUCAUGGCGGACGCUGAAGAAAAGGCGCGCCAGGAGAAAAUCGCGGCCGCGAAGAAGCGUGUCGAGCAAAUGAAGAAGAACAAGAAGAAGGGUACCGCAUCCAAGAAGGCCAAACCAGAGGCCGCAGAGAUUCCAGCGGCCGAGUCUGUCGAAGACACUCCCGAAGCGCCCCCAAGCGACGACAAAGCCGACGAGGCUCUCGAAGAGUCCGCUGUGAAGGAGCCCGAACCCCUGCUCGAGGAACCUCCCAAGGAUGAUUCUGGGGAACUUUCGCCUUCAGCGACUCCAUCUCUCGCACAGCAAUCGAAGCUGAGAUCGACCUCGUUCCGCGCCAGUUCCACCCCCAGCGGUGGCGCGACUUCCCCCGUCCCUUUCAGCCCCGGGCCUUUUAGCCCCGACGGUGAUACAGCGCCAGAAAUCUACAGGAAGCAUGUUGCCAAGAUCGAGGAUUUAGAGAAGGAGAACAAGCGCCUAGCUAAGGAGGCCUCAGACUCUGAGAAGAGGUGGCAAAAGGCUGAGGAGGAAUUGGCAGACAUUCGGGAUGCCGAUGGUGACGAUGCCGCUGCCGAGGGUGGGGAUAAUGGUCAGGUGGACAAACUCAAGACUGAGAUUGCCUCCCUCCAGAGACAGAAUUCACAGCUUCAGCAGCAAGUAUCGCGCGGCUCAGGUCAUGGCCAUGGCCACCGACCAUCCCUCUCGGUACCCGCGCCACCCGCAGAGUUGAGAGCCGAGCUGGCCUCAAAAUCGGCGACGAUCGAAUCCAUGGAAAUCGAAAUCUCGAAGCUCACGGCACGAGUCGAGCGCCAAGCAAGUGGGUCCUCGUCAGAGAAGGAACAGAUCACUGCCCUAGAAGAUAAGGUAGCCCGCGCAGAGGCCGCGGCCGGCAAGGCGCAGCGAGAACUUCAGGAUCUGAAACGUAACCUCGACCGGACAGUGGAGAAGGCUGUGCGCGAGGGCAGCGAACGAACAAGCGCCGAGACCAAGGUCAAGACGCUGGAGCUUGAGCUUGAGACAGCCAAGAGCGCCCAGGUCGAACUAGAAAAAAAGGUCGAGGCGCUAGAGAAGAAGGCAUCAACCCUCACGACAUUGCACAAGGAGCAAGACUCACGACUACAAGCUCUGAAGAGAGAGAAGGAGAAGGCAGAACGUGAUGCCACAGAGUUGCGAUCCAAUGUGGAGAGGCUUGAGACCGAAAACCUCAAAUUCAGAAGCCGCAAGUCGACAGACGAGGAUGGUGGCCUGGAUGACGAAAGAAUGGAUGAGCUUGAAGACGAAGAACGUCUUCGACUCAAAAAGAAGAUUCGAGCUCUCGAGAGCGACUUGCACGAGCUUCGCAGUGGCCAAUGGAUCGGUAAGCGGAGGGAGAUGGAGGCGUCCACUCCAGGGUUCCAGGAUGUCGACCUGACCAGCGGGCACGGAACCUCUCCGGCUAGGCGCAAGUCCACUGCCGGCGGCAUUGGCGAAUUCAUUACGAGCGGACUCAAUGCCCUUGCCGGGGGUGGUGAUGACGAGUUCCUUGACGACGACGACAUGGACUUUGACGAGGAUGCAUUCCGCAAGGCUCAAGAGGAGGAGUCGAAGAAGCGAAUCGAGCGGAUCAAGGAGAUUAAGCGGUCGCUCAAGCACUGGGAGGGAUGGAGGCUAGACAUUGUGGAGCACCGCAGGGGAGGCGCAGAGGGGGCGGGAGAGAUUUUCGAUGUAUAAAAUCAAGAACACUGGGAUGGGCACACGUGUAGGGAUACCAUGAUGGCAGUUUGGGGCUGGGCUGGGUGUACAACAGAAUACAGAGAUUUCAAUUCGAUGAAGACCAAGUUGGUUUGGCAAGAUUCCUGAACACUGUGAACCCAUGUAGGUCUUUGGCUGACCCAAUUGGAGAACAUGGUAAUAGAAU